CAUGUUACAGACCCAAGCAUAUACAUUACAUACCACCUUUUGCACUGAUGUCUUUUGGGCUCCUGCACAGGAACCCUCCUCUCCUCUGUCGUCUGACCUCUGACAUUUCAAUGGCAGCUGGGAGGGUCAACAACUUAAUUUCCGCUCUUUGUUAAAAGUGGUGAAAUUCCUCCUUCCAAGCUUUAACUUAAAGAAUGAUGCAAGAAGGAUUGUAAGAACAAUCUGAUCUGAGGCGCCGGGAGGUGUGAGCAGCUGAGAGGAACCCACCUACAAUGAUUGCUAAGAUUUUACUCCUUUGUGGUGCUAUAGGACUGACACAGUCAGACGUCGGUUUGCACUAUCCAGAUCAUCAUGGGCAUAAAUCAUGGCCAGAAGAUCAUGGGAUGCCAACCAACUCACAGCCGCCUCCUCUGUUUGAGGAAUAUUGGGGAACAGAGUUUGACAAAGAUGAAACCCCAAAUCAAGCUCCCACAGCGUUGACUGGAUUGGACCAUGACAACACGGGAAGUGAUCGGUCAAGAAAUGGAAACUGGUGUUCCUCCAUCCGAUCCCGGCCGAUCACAUACAUAGCUGCUUGCAAGACUGAGAAAUACGUUGUUAAGUCACAGCGGCCAUGUCCAAAUGGGACUCCAGAUUGCCAGAAAAUCAUGUACAGAGCAGCUUUGAAACCAGUCUACCAAGUAAAACACAAAGUCAUAAGUUCUCUAUACUGGAAAUGUUGUCCUGGCUACAGUGGGAAGAACUGUGAGCAUCACGAUCCGAAUUUUCUUCCAGGGCCCACUGAUCAGCCAAGAAGCUGGGAAAAAGAAAGUGAUGCUUUCUCAAGCCAAAGAGAGAUCAUUGAAACUCACCAGAGCCAUGAAGCCCAGCUAAAAGACCUCCAGAAUGAUGUUCAGCAGGCAACAAACCAUUUGGGAAUCCUACAGAAGGCACUGCAAUAUAACAUCAGCAGGACAAGAGGAGAAGUGAAGCACAACCGAUCAGAAGUACAGGAACAAUAUCUGCAGCAAACGCUCUUUCCCCACAUGGAGAAUUUUUUAAGGGAGCAUUUUCAACCAGUCUGGGCAAACUUAAAUAAAAGUCUACAGGAUCUUUCUACUGGUCUGAAAAACCUUUCACAUGAUGUUGAGGCAAAUCGGAGAAGCAUAGAGAGAUUUCAAGAAACCACGGUGCCUAAGAAAGAUUUCCAGGAGCUGGGAACAAAAUUUGAAUCCAAAGUCCAAACCAUCAUAUUUGGGGUGGAGGAAAUGAAGAGGGAAUUAGAGGAUCAUUUCCACCAACAGCAAGCAGCCAUUCAUUACAAUCUCACUAUGAUCAAAGCAGACACUGACAUCAAGCUGAAGAGAAAUCAUAAGAAUCACCUUGUCGAUUUGUCAGCUUUAAACAACAGCCUCUCAGGCAUGAGACAAGAGCAAAGCAAGCUUCAAAGAGAACUUGAAGCCCUGAGCAGAAACUUAGUUUUCCCAAUACAACCUGGCAGCCCAAAUGAGGCAUUUGCUGAAGAAGACACUCAAAUUCUCAAUCAGAGCUUGGCUAAGCAUGCAAGACAACUGAAAGAGCUUUAUGAGCAGUCUGAUGAGGACUACCAAGAACUCAAUCAAUUAAUCAAUAGCUUAAAAGCCAGCACAAAGCAAGAAACCAGUGAGCUUAGAAUGAAUUUAAUGGAGAAGAGUCUGAUAAUAGAGGAAUACAGAGAAAGCAUGGAAAGAAAAAUUGUGGAUCUCAACAAUACUUUGGCAAAUAUUGAAGAAAGACAGUGGGAUCUAGAAAGGUCUCUGAAAAUAUGCCACUGUGAAAAUCUUCCUCUGGGCAUUGCUGUGGAAGAGCAAGAGAACAUCACUCAGAUAUAUAGAGAAGAAAUAAAGCAACUGGAGGCACGCUUAAAAGAUCUUGCUGCAGCUUUUCCCCUUUUAUAUCAGUCUCUUGAUUUCCAGCAGGAACAGAACCGGAAGCUGGAAGAUGAUAUGUCUCUUCUUCGGUCCCAUACUGACACGUUGUCUGAAAUUAUGGGCACCUUGAAAAAAACAGAUGAAAAAAUGCAUGGGCACAUUAAGUAUCUCAACAGCUCUUUCAACUCUCUUCUGGUAGAUGCAAUGAGACAUGAGAAAGCACUUGUGGCCAUGCUUGGAGAUGAAAUUAUGGAAACGUUGUCUGAAGAUGAUCCUGAAAGUCUUUUCUUGCCUCCAGUUCAUCUUCAUGUUAUGAAUAUAGAACUGAUUUCGGAUCAUCUCAAGAAGCACAACCUUACACUGGAAUAUAUUAUGAACAGAAUCCAGUCUUUGGAAAUGGACCACAAGAAUAACCUUGAUGCCUACACAUCUCUUAAAAAUCAUGAUCUUGACAAGCAAAUGGAGGACAUGGAAAAAGUGGUGAACACAGAGCAAGGGAUAAUGGAACAUAUGGAGCCAAACCAUGAAGCUGCCAUAGAGGAUGCCCCUGUCUAUCAAGAUAUUAUGAUCCUAAAGAAGGAAAUUGGACAUCUCAAUAAGGAGAUGAAGGAAUAUCGGUUGCAAUGGGAUCAUGCUCGUUUGUGCUGUAAUCAGACCAGGGUCAAUCUAGUAGAACCACUCAGUAUUUCAGUGGAGAAUUUGAGGGAAGACUUUGCAUCAACCCAGCAAACCUUGGAAGAGCACUUACAGGUUGUUCAAAAGCUGUUUGGAAGCUAUAGAGAAUUACUUGCAGCAAAUGUAAGUUUGGAUGUUGCCAAGAUUCAAUCAAUGAUGGGCAGAAGAAUGAGGAAGCAGCUUAAAGUUCAGGAGCAGGAAAAAAUGAGAGACAAGAAAGAGGCCAAGGACAUUAAAGAAGGCACUUUAAAUGGAAGAAACAAGAUACAUUCAGAAAUCUUGGAGACAGGCACAAAAAUAGCAUUUUAUGUGAGACAUCCAGAAGGAAGAGAGCAUCAGACAGGUUUCAAUGGAACACACCUGAAUUAUGGAAAAGGUUACUUUCCUGAGCACAAUUACUUCAAGGCACCACAGAGUGGUGUUUAUAUGGUCGCCAUCAGUAUGGAGCUCCCUCCUGAACCUGCCCUGGGACAACUGGCUUUUAGUAAUGGACAGAUACUGAUACUAACCGGGAACAAGCGAAGGAAGGCCAGUGGUGGCUCCAUGACUACUUUUGUGCUAGUGGAGCUCAUGAAAGGGGAGCGCAUGUGGUUUGAACUGGUGCAGGAUGCUGUAGUGAAACGGAACCCAGCUGGCUUGAGCAUGGCAGGAUUUCUAAUAUUCAAAACUUGAAAAAGAGCCAUGACAAAAGAAAUAUCUUCCUGUAUGUGCAGUUCUUUGACUGAUGACAUCGUCUGCCAGUUUUACUGUAUGUGGUUAGCCUUGCCCUUGAUAUGGCUCAGUGCUACUUUUUAGAAAUAGUUCAUUAGUUGCUAUGCAGCAUCACAACACAAAUGAAGGGAAACUGAAUUUCUUUCAUAACACUGAAUAAGGUUCACAUCUCGGAUUCUAUUGCCUUUCAUUGAAUUCCAAAACAGGCGCUCCCUUCUUAUCCACAACUACCUAGAUUGGCAAGUGGAAAAUGAGAAACAUUUUUAUAAAAAGCUUUAGGGGAGAAAGCAAUUAUUUUAAGAUUUUUUUACAAGCUUUCGGCUGGACUUGAUGCUUCUUACAUAACAGGACUGGCAUAGCCGUCUUUGCACCAUAUACUACCAAGUUGGUAGUACAAAACAAAUGCAAGUGCUGAUGAAAAUUAGCAUGUCCCACAAAGGAGUAUACAUGUAUCAGAUUUCAAAAAGUAAAAACAGCCAUAUCUAAUGAAUGCAAUAACUGUACUUAUGAGGCAUGAUGAAAGAAUUUAACUAGGCUGCAAUCCUAUAUACAUUAAUGUAUAAGGGCAAACUCCUGGACACAUUCAGCAGGGCAAACUCCUGGACAAACAUAUAUAGGUUCAGGCUGUUUCUGUACAUCCUCGAUAAAUACCCUCUUUUCUACUCUAGGUUGUAGUUUGCUUUGCAAAUUUAAUAUUUCACUCAAGCACUUGGGUCAUAAAAUGUUUCUGUACCUGAAACUGUACAUAGUUGAAAAAUAUCUUUCAAACUGUUGGCUUACUAGACCAGAUUCAAUAAUUCUAGCACUGGAUGAAAUUAAAGUGUAGGUCCCGUAGCUAUGGAUUUUGAAAUUAUCAACAUGUACUUUGAUAAAAUUAAACUAUUUUCGUUUCGGUUUUUAUAAAAGCUA